AUGAAGCUUUCAAGUUUGAAUUUACUUUCAAUGGCUGCAAUAAUGUCGGUUGUGUUCGCUUUUAGUGAUACGGCACCGCUCUAUUCUUCCAAACAACUUAUGGGAAAGUUCAACUAUAUCACUCAAGCAUCUGCGGUGUCGAACGCUAUAAAGACAAUCAGCUCAGAAAUUUGUGAGUCUGGUGACGGAAGAUUGAUAAUUUACAGGGUAUCGAAGUUAUUAAGGAAUGCUCCCAGCGAUAAGGGGUUCUUUAUCAGACACGUUCAUUAUGAUACCGUUGAGGACUUGGAUUUUACAUUUGGUCCCACCUGUGAUGGCAGCAAAGUUGAGUUUGCAUCGUAUUCUCCUGGUGUUGAAAAUGGUAGCAGUGAGAUUUUAAUAAUUGACGUUGAAGAUGAGGCAAACCAUACUGUCGACGAAUUUUUGGAUCAUUCAAGCAAUACUCUUGUGAUUGUGCAAGGUAAGCCUUUGUUUGGAAAGCCAGAGUCUAAGGUCGAAGGAAUCAAGCACUAUAUAGAGGACAAAGUAUUUGACAAUUUAAAUGUUGAGCUAGACCUCAAUAUGGGCCCCGUCAAGAGAGCAAACUCUGAAGAUGAUGAUUUCGAAAAAAUUGCAGAAGAGGUAGAGGACGAUUUUAAGCAGGCGCAAUCGUUGGUUGCAGAAGAAGGAAACAAUACUUUUGUUACAAUCAUGGAUACUUCCACAACGGAUGAACCUAUUGUUCCAGCUAAGGCUAGAAGUGUAAAUCUGAAUCUUUUCACUAAUUAUCAGUUCUUCACUCCAGGAAUCUGGAUGGGUUUAAUUGUUUCGGGCUUUUUGAUUUUUGUGUUUUAUAUUGCGUUAAGUUGGAUAUCUAGUCUUGAGAUUUCCUACAAAGCAUUCGAUAAGCAAAUUGAUUUCGAAAAGAAAAAUGAGUAG